CGUUCUUCUCAAAUUCCGGCAGUCUUCUUCCGUUCUUCUCCGGCCGUCUUCUACUCAUCUUCAGUUCUUCUAGUCUCUUCUCCAAUUCGGAAGUUCCCGGAAGACUGAGACGGAAGAUUCGGCAGACCCACGGCAACAUCGUCACGGCUCAAUCCUCAACCUCACGGUCCUCAUUCCUCACCUCAGGAAGACAUCACGGGACAACUGCAUCUCCGUUGAGGAAAAGGAAAACAAGUUGGGUCUUGGGCAGCCCAAACCUCAGGACCGGUACUCUAAGAUAGUUCGGUUGAAACACAUCUCCAUCAUGGAUUUGUUCAGGAGGGCAAUUUUGGAGGAAGGACCACCUGAAAAUUUUGCUCUUAAAAUUGUGCAAGAAGCUAUAAAACCACAGAAGCAAACAAAACUUGUUCAAGAUGAGAAUCAAUUGCUGGAAAAUAUACUUAGGACAUUACUUCAAGAGCUUGUGUCAUCUGCAGUUCAGUCCGGUGAGAAGAUUAUGGAAUCUGGGCAACUGAUUGCUGGCGGAGAAGAUGUUACACAAGCUCACAUUCCUCGUCUUCUUGACAUUGUGCUCUAUCUAUGUGAGAAAGAACAUGUGGAAGCUGGUAUGAUCUUUCAGUUAUUGGAAGACUUGACAGAAAUGUCUACAAUGAGAAAUUGCAAAGAUAUCUUUGGUUACAUUGAAAGCAAGCAAGACAUAUUAGGAAAGGCAGAAUUGUUUGCUCGAGGAAAGCUUGUAAUGUUGAGGACAUGCAAUCAACUGCUUCGCCGUUUGUCAAAGGCAAAUGAUGUGGUGUUUUGCGGGAGAAUAAUUAUGUUCCUUGCUCAUUUUUUCCCACUGUCAGAACGUUCAGCUGUAAAUAUCAAGGGGGUUUUUAACACUUCAAAUGACACAAAGUAUGAGAAAGAAGCCCCUGAUGGUAUCUCAAUUGAUUUCAACUUCUAUGAGACAUUUUGGGGUUUACAGGAAUAUUUUUCGAACCCUCCAUCCUUAACACUCGCUCCAUCCAAGUGGCAGAAAUUUACAUCCAGUUUGGCAGUCAUUUUGAAUACAUUUGAGGCGCAACCUUUAAGAGAUGAAGAAGCAACCAUUAAUAACCUCGAGGACGAAGCAACAACCUUUAGCAUCAAAUAUCUUACAAGCAGUAAACUCAUGGGUCUUGAACUGAAAGAUCCAAGUUUUCGGCGGCAUGUUCUUGUUCAAUGCCUUAUUUUGUUUGAUUAUCUAAAGGCCCCAGGAAAGAGUGAUAAGGAUUUGCCUUCUGAAACAAUGAAGGAAGAAAUAAGAUCAUGUGAGGAUCGGGUAAAGAAACUUCUUGAAAUGACUCCACCUAAAGGAAUAGAGUUUCUUUCUAGCAUUGAGCACAUCUUGGAGCGUGAAAGAAAUUGGGUGUGGUGGAAACGUGAUGGUUGUCCACCAUUUGAAAAGCCACCUACGGAGAAGAAAUCUGGACAAGAUGGAGUUAAAAGGAGGCGACCACGAUGGAGACUUGGGAACAAAGAACUUUCCCAGCUAUGGAAAUGGGCAGAUCAAAAUCCGAAUGCUCUAACUGAUUCUCAUCGAGUGCGUACUCCGGCUGUCACUGAAUAUUGGAAACCCUUGGCUGAAGAUAUGGACAUAACUGCUGGAAUUGAGGAAGAAUACCACCACAAGAAUAACCGGGUUUAUUGUUGGAAAGGCCUCAGAUUUUCAGCUAGACACGAUCUUGAAGGAUUUUCUAGAUUUACUGAAUAUGGAAUAGAGGGAGUUGUGCCCCUUGAACUGUUGCCUCUUGAUGUGAGAUCCAAAUAUCAAGCUAAACCUAAUGAAAGGUCUAAACGAGCUAAAAAGGAAGAAACUAAAGGUGUUGCACACCAAACAGAAGAAAAUCAGAAUGCACCUCCUCCUGCCAAUGAAACUGAGGGUGCUGAAGGAAGUAGGCCAGAUCUUGAAGACUCAACAACAGCAAUGGAUACUGAUACUGCAACUGCCAAUGGAACUCCAGAUGGCCAACACAAUAUAAGCUCAGAUACUACAGACGGGGGGCAGGAGCCCGGCCAGAUUGAAGCUGAUGUGGAGGCAGAGCCAGGAAUGAUAUAUGGGGAAGCUGAUGCAGAGAUUGAUUUUGAAACUGCAAUCUGAUAGUUCAAAUGACUUGGAUAUGAUUUAUUUGAAGCAAACAUUUAUAUCAUAAAAUGAUGUUUGGUAAAACUGUAACUAAUUAAGUGUAAACUUUCUCAUCGCUUCUUUCUGAUGAUGUUAGUUAGAAUCAUCAAAUUUUUAUAUUUGUUGAAAUCCCUGUUUCUGGAUAUGAAUGUUUUUGAUUUCUCAAAUCAUGUUAUCUAGUAGUUUUUUAUGUUGUGUCCUAAACAAUAGUUUACUUUAAUACCAGCUUGGUCUAACUUUGUCAUUACAAGACAACA